GUGCGGCGUGGGGCAGAGCUGAGGCAUCACAGCUGUUCCCUCAUUUCCCAGCAGACUAGCAAGCGCUGCACACACACAGAGCUGUUUAGCCAAGCUGCCCCUCUCCAUACCCAGAGGAACCCCUGCAACUGGAGCAGAACCCAAGAAUAAGGCCAAGUUUGGACCGAAUGGAGCAGUUUGCUCAUCGAGGGAAGAUGCCAGUCACAGUCGCCAUAAUCUUCCUGAUGCUGAUCGCAGGAUGGAGUGACUCGGAGAAAAUCUUUCAUAACAGAGAUCACUCAGAUUUUGAUGUGCAGAAUAUACCACAUGCGGGUGCGAUCCUGACCCCCGAGGCUGCCCAGCAAUACCUUGUAAAAUAUGGCUGGGUUGCUCCUGUAAAUUGGGAGGAGCAAGCGUUUACAGAUUUCCCUGUACAUGAUUUGGCACCACAAGACGUCUCCCAGCUGAUAUCAGAGGGAGAAUCUGAGGAGCAUCCUAGAGUCAGUAAUUCAAGUGAAAAUGAAACUGAGAUAAACCCUUCCUUCAUAGACUCCUUGAAAAAAUUCCAGGAUGCAAACGGGCUAACUGCUACAGGAGUCCUGGAUAGUGCUACAAAGAUAGCCAUGAACAAGCCACGCUGUGGUGUUCCUGACUUCAAAGUUGCAUCAAGACGCAAGAAUGCAACUCUAAGUUUUACGGAUGCAGACAGCAACUCUCACAAUAGCUCACAAGCUGGUGCAACUCAACGGAGGAAGAGAAGUUUCCUUUCUAAAAUGGUUGAACACUACAGGCAAAAAAGAGAAGCCAAAGACACCAUGGGAAGCAGCAAUUCCAAACGGUUUUCAAGGAAUACGGUGAAGUGGAGGCUAAUGGGAGAAGGGUACAGCAUGCAGCUGACCAUACAACAACAGAGGGCAAUUCUUGCCUUGGCUUUCCGUAUGUGGAGCGAGGUUGUCCCUCUUCUAUUUGUGGAGGACCUCACAGGAGAUGAUAUAGAUAUUCGAAUUGGCUUUGGAACAGGACAGCACCUUGGCUGCUCACAGGCAUUCGAUGGGGUGGGGCAGCAGUUUGCUCAUGCCUGGUACCUCGGGGAUAUUCAUUUCGAUGAUGAUGAACACUUUGUUGGACCAUCCAGUGAGCAUGGAAUCAGCCUUUUAAAGGUUGCGGUGCAUGAGAUUGGCCAUGCCCUUGGACUGAGCCAUAUAAACCGUGAAGGAUCUGUCAUGCAGCCAAAUUAUAUCCCUCAGGAGCGCCAUUUUGAGCUUGACUGGGAAGACAGAAAAGCAGUACAGGAAAAAUAUGGUGCCUGUGAUGGCAGCUUCAGCACAGUUUUUGAUUGGAUAAGGAAAGAACGGACUCCACGCGGAGAAACAGUCUAUCGAUUUAACACUUAUUUUUUUAAGACAAAUUGGUACUGGAUGUAUGAGAACAAGAGCAAUCGAACACGAUUUGGGGACCCUCUUCCUAUCAAAGGCGGCUGGAAUGGUAUUCCAGAUAAAGACAUUGAUGCCUAUGUUCAUGUAUGGACUUGGAACAUUGAUGCACAGUACUUUUUCAAAGGCACCCAAGUCUGGCGCUAUGACCCUGACAAAGACAGGGCAUUUACAGAGGACUGGAGGAAAGUCAAAUAUCCCCAGCCUAUUGCCGACGUGUUUCCAGGAAUCCCAAGUCCAGUGGAUGCGGCUUAUUUCAACAAGAAGGAGCGUUUCAUCUACUUCUUCAGAGGAAAUAAUGUUACUGCCUUUAGUGUUGAUAAAAAUCAAAAAGUGGAAAAGUUCCCAAAAUCCAUCAUUGACGUAUUCCCACCUGUGGAUCCCAAUGACCACCCCAGAGGAAAUAUCGAUGCUGUCUAUUUCUCUUAUUCCUACCAAACAACGUUCUUCAUCAAGGACAAGUAUUACUGGAAAAUGGUUAUUGAUCAAGAAAGACAAACCAACUCCUCUCUGCCUUUGAAUGGAUUAUGGCCCCGCAAGAAAAUCAACUCCCAGUGGUUUGAUAUUUGUGAUGUCCAUCCUUCUGUACUCUUGCUGUCAACAUAAGGAGCAACGGUUAAGGCUUCCAUCAGAAGGACUGUAUAGACUUGAUGUCUUUGAAUACAUUUCACCUUCAGCCAUCCCUGUGGACAACCAACAGACUGAGGACUUCUGCUGUGCAAAGAAGACUAGAACGUUGGGCAAUCAUUGGUUCUUUAAUAAAGUACCAUCUAAUUAUUAGUUUAGAGUAUCCAUUUACCUAAAUACAGUGUUAUGAAGUGGGCAAGCGAGAGUUAUCGGAAUUCCAAUACUGAUCAUGCAUUUGUCUUGGUUAAAAGUUACCGAUGCCUUGGCCAUUGCUGCCAUGCUUUGAUGUACAGGCCUAGUUACACCGCUUUUAUUUACUACAUUUCUCAUGCAGAAUUUACUUUAGAUAGACUUUAGCAUCAUAUAUUAGAGAAUGGCGGUGUGGUGGUACAAAACCUAAUAACGACACCCUUAUAAAACCAACAAAAUUCUGGAAGUGAUGUUAUGCUGCUAGUGUUAUUUUUUAAAAGGAAUUUCCAAAAAUAUGGUUCUAUUUAUUUAUCUAUCCAUUUUGCCAAUAUUUAUGUUUCCUAAGCCUUAAGGUAUGAUGAAGACUAUAAGGUUUGUUUACCCUUACAUUUGGUUCCUUCUAAUGUGGUAAAUAAGACAAGGACGAAUGGACAUCUUCUCACUUCCUCUGGAAUAAGGACUUUGGAGAAGGUUCUAUGAGUUGCAUGGAAUAUUUGAGAAGAAAUUUUUCUCUCUCUACUUUUGUUUCUUAUUGGCUUUUUGCUGAUGUUGUUCUGCAUUUUAAUAUAUUUUAAUGAAACAGAUCAGCCCUUGGACUUCAUUGACCGAUAAUACAUCCCAUUGCUUGGGCUACUUGUAAUACUGCAUGUUCUGGGGGUAGUAUUUUAUCUUGGAAUCCCACGCAUCAACACAAUAGCUCGUUAUAAGCUCCUCUUGAUUUCUAAGGUGAAACAUACUUUCUGUAAUACUUAUGGCUUAGCUUUUUUAUUUGCUUUGCCUUAAACCAGGCAUUUAAAAAUGUAAAUUAUACUCUAGGUGUAUUCACAUUAUUUCAAGGAUGGCUACAUGAGAGAUUAAAGAAUACUGUCAUGGGAAAACAUGUUUUUUUUCCAAAAUGUAUCAGUUAAUAGAGCUUCUCCAACACUGAAAUCUGUUUUUCAAAAACCUCAAACAAAAUUUUGUAUAUUUAAUUUAGUAAUUUUACAUGGGGAUAGCCUCUGAUAAACUUCAGUCACACUUUACUGCUGCGCUGCAAGUUGGAGUGAUAUCACCCCCAGCAGCUAAUCAGCAGAACAAUGGGAAACUAGCAAAAUAGUAGAUAUCAAUAGAUAUCAGAAUAGCACUCAAUAGUAAGAAAUCCAAGUCUGACUUAGGACUCCUCCAGUUUCAUGGGAGUAGGAGAAACCAUAAGUUUGCCACCUGCUGGCUCUUCCUGAAAGCUCAGACUCAGGCACAAUGCACAAUGAGAUGGCUGCCUACACACCAGUAUUACAACUAAAUAAAAUACAUUUGUUGGUUUAAGAAUAAAAUCAUCAUUUGCUAUGUAAACAGUGUAAUUUAGAAAUAAAAAGCAUACCAUAAAAAUCAUGACAGUAUCCCUUUAAACCUUAUUUAAAGAGAAAAUGGACCACUGCUGGCCUUGACUGAGUAUUAUUUCAUAGACUACAUCAGUGUCCCUAAAGAUCGUGUUUUGUAGUUUUUCACUAUUUACUUUAAAGUAGAUACUCCCGCGUGUUUAAAGAUAAACUCAGUUUAAAUAAGGCAUUUAAUAAAUUAAAUGUGUAACACCGACGUAAGGCACAUGUCUGGCCUAUUGAAAGAGUAUUAUAUCCGUCACUUGUUAACGAACUUCUAAAAUGAAAAGAAGUUAGUGAGUAUUUUUAUAUCAGUGAUGUAACUAGUCCCCUCAACCAUGGGAAUAAGACAUUUCUUACAUUUCGGGGCCGCAGUCAUGUUCUCCUUUCUAUGUGAUUCCCAUCAGGCAGGAUCUCCCGGCAGAGGGUCACUGUCGCCUUUGCUCUUUGCCUGUAACAAAGUUGUAUUUGGAUGAGACGGAGCUCACAGUUAAUGGGACUAACUGAGCAAAGCUAAAUAAUAUCCAUCAUUGUUUUGCACAUAAGCUUUCUAAUGUUCGACGUUCCGAACAGAUGUUGAGGAUGAAUCACUUGGAUCAUUGUUUUACUACCUUGGAGUAAAGCAUCAUUUUGUUAACCAUAUGCACUUUUUUUUAGUUACCAUUAAAUAAACAUGAAAUAAAGGAUUUUUUACCCACA